AAAUUGUUGCACCGUAUGAGACCACGCACGAACUAAAAAAACCCGGUUUCUUCGCUGGCCUGCUGGUUGUAACGAUAAUUUAAAGGGUGGUUAUAUAAUCAAAUGCAAGAGAGUGAUUGUGAGAUGAAUUGUCCCCCAGGAGUGCUCAUCAAAGGGGAUAUCCAACCUGCUUACGAGAGAGUAUUGACUUACGAUGCUCUUGCACUCCUGGCCGACCUUCACAGACGCUUCAACUAUCACAGGAUCCAGCUCUUGGACAAACGCAGAAAGCGACAACACGCUAUUAAUGCUGGCAAACCGAUUGAAUACCCUAAACCCAACCAUGAUGACAACUGGAAGGUUGCAGCCGUACCAUCAGACCUUCAAAGGCGACACGUCGAAAUCACGGGGCCGACUGACCGCAAGAUGGUCAUCAAUGCUCUCAACAGUGGGGCCGAUAUCUUCAUGGCAGAUUUUGAAGAUUCCUUGAGCCCAACGUGGAAAAAUAUUGUAGAAGGACAAGCAAAUCUAAUGGACGCCGAACGCGGAACAAUUUCAUUCAGAAAUGCUGAUGGUUCCGUCCGGAAACUGAAAGAGAAGAUUGCUUGCUUGAUCGUUCGUACAAGAGGAUGGCAUUUGGAUGAAGGCCAUAUCGAAUGUGAUGGACUGCCCAUGGCUGGUGCCUUGGUGGAUUUUGGCCUGUAUUUCUUUCACAAUAUUCAUGUGAGAAUGAGUCGAGGCUCUGCGACGUAUUAUUACCUUCCAAAGAUGGAGACCUUCCUUGAAUGCAGACUGUGGAAUCAGGUGUUCCAGGCUGCUGAAGAUUACAUGCAAGUGCCGCAAGGUACAAUCCGAGCAACGAUCAUGAUCGAGACUCUCCCGGCAGCAGUAGACGUUGAAGAGAUGAUCUACGAGUUACGAGAGUAUUGCUGCGGAGCAAAUGCGGGACGUUGGGAUUACAUAUUCAGUAUUAUCAAACGCCUUCAGAGUAAACCAGAGGCUGUUUUACCCGACAGGAAACAGGUAUCAAUGACAGUUCCCUUCAUGCGAGCGUACACGGAACGGCUGGUAAAAAUAUGCCACAAACAUGGUGCGCAUGCCAUGGGUGGAAUGUCCGCUUUCAUUCCGAGCCGACGUGAUGAAGCGAUCAAUCAGAGAGCUUUCUCUCAAGUGCGUGAUGACAAGGAAAGAGAGGUGGCUGAUGGCUUUGAUGGCACGUGGGUUGCACACCCCGACCUCGUGCAGGUUGCAAGAGAGGUGUUUGUCCAAGGAAUGCAUAAUGCGAACCAUCAGAAACAUCGCUUGAGAGAAGACGUGCAUGUGGAAGUUGAUGAAUUGAUAACCAUCGAUGUUAAAGGAGGAAAGAUUACAGAAGAAGGUGUAAGAAAGAAUGUUGGUGUAGCUCUGAAGUAUAUCAAUGAAUGGCUACAGGGCCGUGGCGCAGUCGCAAUGAACAACCUGAUGGAAGAUGCAGCGACUGCGGAAAUAUCACGUGGACAACUAUGGCAAUGGUUGAGACACUCCGUGAUUCUGGACAGCGGUGAAACGUUUACACAAGCCACGUACAAAGCAAUCCGCACGGAUGAGGUGCAAAGUCAAGGAGGGCCUGGCACUGGAAGAUUGCAACAGGCUGCAGAAAUCUUGGAUCAUUUGGUUCUCUCAAAUGAAAUGGAAGAAUUCUUGACAUUACCUGCGUAUAGGGUGCUUGAUAACCCACAAGCCAAACUCUAGAAUGCAUGUUUUUCAGGAGUUGUGUUGGUGUUUAUUUUCGUCGGGUUUAAAUUUGUCUUUACUUCACCACCGCAUAACCUGCUUAAGAAACCAAAGGUUAACCUGUAUAGUCGUUUAGAUUAUGUAGUAAAUAA